AUGCCAACUGCCUCUCAACCCUCACCCUGUGCAGGCCUGAGAGAAACCACGCAAGUCCGCGGUGGUAGACGCCGGAGACGCAAUCGUCAAAGGCGUGAGUCGAGCAUCUCGGCAAACUCGUGCAACUCUUGUCCCCCCUUAGACGAGACACCAAAUAGCGAGAGUGGCCAUGCCACGAACCAAGUACAGAGUGAGCCAUGCCUUCUCUCGAAUGGUGAAUCAAACACACAAGGUGCAACCUUGCGACCAACGAGCUCCACAACCACCCAGACCCCCUUCGUUAGGGCAUAUUCAGGGAACAGACGAUCUCGACGUGCAGAAAACAGAAAAGAAACCCGGGCAGCCAUAAUGGUUUCUUGUCUGAAUAUCAACGGAUUCAGCUGCUCGGGAUCCGGAGACAAUAUCCAGAAUAGCAAAUGGAGUCAUAUCAACCAACUCCUACGAACGUCGAGGACUGGAAUCCUUAUAGUCUCAGAAGCGCACCUUACAGAGCAGCGACGGAAUGAUCUGGAGCACCUCUUUGCACGCAGAAUGAAAAUAGUCUUCACGGCUGACCCAGAGAACCCGACGAGCAAAGGCGGAGUAGCGAUAGUCAUCAAUAAACAACUCACACUCUGGCACCACACCAAGACUAAGGUCAUCAUCCCGGGGCGAGCUAUCCUUCUGAAAACUAGGUGGUACGGGGAAAAAGAGAUCAUCAUCCUGGGCAUUUACGCUCCAAAUGUAAAACAGAGGGAUGCCAAAGAAUCCGCAGAGUUCUUCAAAACUCUAUUCAACUUCUUUACUGCCCACCGUGAGUGGUGGCCAGAUUACAUGGGUGGCGACAUGAAUUUUGUAGAGGACCCAAUAGACCGGCUACCUAUGCGAGCAGACCACGCUGACGUACUGACAGCUUUUGACAAUCUCAAGGAACUGCUUGGACUUCGAGAUGGAUGGCGUAGAACAUAUCCUGACAGGAAAGACUUCUCAUUCCAUUGCACACGAAGCGUCCCAGUCCAAGGAGCAAAUGAAAUGGUAUGCCAAGUGUUUCAAUCCAGAAUCGACAGAAUAUAUGUUACAGACAAUCUGUUCGAGAAUGCUCGUCAAUGGAAAAUAUGCCCAGUAGGUAUAGCAGGUGUCGAUCAUGAUAUGGUCUCAGUACAGAUCGCGCAUGAAGAAGCACCAUUGAUUGGCAAAGGAAGAUGGGCCUGCCCGGACAGCAUCCUUAAAGACCGCCAGCUAGCCGAAGGGGUGAAAAGGCUUGGAAUAAAUGCCCUAGAUGAGAUCACUGAGAUCAGACGGUCAGGAAGAACUCAGUCCUCGAACCCCCAGAGAGUGUACCAGAAGUUCAUAACAGCUGCAAUGGAACUAGCCAGGGAACGAGAACGCAGCGUGAAGGUUCAAUCCCAACUAAAGAGAUCUCAAAUUGAGAAAGAAAUAGAAAACACACCAGGAAACCCUGAUUUAUCUGAACUGGAGCAAUCAGAAAGGCUAGCAAGGCUGAAAUCAGAGCUACGAAAUAUUAAACGAGAGGAACAUGAUACUGCACGCCGUUUUGUGGCAGCAAGAGACCAUCUAGGGGGAGAAACAGUCUCAAAAUAUUACUUCCAAGUUAAC